AACAAAAUGUGAUAUUUAUACAAACACGACACUUUAAUUUGAGCAGGUGAUUUAAAUUUUCCAAAACACACGAUCUGGCAACGCUAACCACGGUUAUCUAGCCGAACACAUUGUAAGUGAGAAAGGGAGAGGGAGAGUGGAAUUAGUGAUAACACUCGCUGUGAAUUGUUGAGCCAUUGUGAAUAAAGUCAGCGCCAUGCUAAACUCUGAAGUGGAGGAUCAGCACAUCGGCUUCGAAAAGAUACCCGUUACUCCGAAACCACCAGCCCUGAUCAGUUACAACAUGGUGCACAAGCUGGAAUGCAAGGAGAAGCGGCAAAUAAGCCUGCCCACAGCGGCCGCAGAUCAAGGCCCAUCGGGGAAUUCAGCGGGCGCCGGCGAUCCGCCUCAGGUGAAAUACGAAUGGCAAUCGCCCAGCAUGAUGAUCGUCUUCGAGGGCGGCGAUCUGAACAGCGCCAGGCAUCAUCUGCUGGCCUCGCUGCACGAUCCGUUCGGCAAGAACGCGGUGGCCACGGUGCUCAUCCAGGAGAGCGUGCGCGACGAGUUCAACGAGCUGUUGGUUGAGAACAUGCACCCGCUGGAUCCGCAGGUCUAUCAGCAUCCAAACUAUUUGCGCUCGCGCCAAAAGCUGCUGCAGUUCAAGGCCGAGACGAUUGUCGGCGAUCCGGAAGUGGUGCCGGAUCAUGCCACGCCCGUAAUUGUAUGCGAUAUAUCGCACACUUUCUUUGGCGACGAGCCAACUGGCAUCGUCACCAUGCACACAUUCCGCACGCCCAAGGAUGCGACCCAGGUGAACCAGAAGGAGACGAUUAAGUACGGCGCGGUGAGCAUCUGGAACGAGAAAGUGGCCAGCGCCUACGAGAUUUGCGCCCUGCUCAAAAACGAAAUCUUCAUGCUCAACUGCUUCAACGUCGACCUGACCCCCAUCCUCCCCAAGGACGACCUCGGCCCGACCAACGACGUCAAGGUCGAGAAGGGCUAUCACUACGAGCGGCUCACUAUCAAUCAGAAGCGCAAGAUCAUUGUCUUUGCCGUCGGCACAAUCUUCGCCAACUGACAUCUAGAUACUCCUAUACUUCAAUAUCUGUAUA